GGGAAUUGAAAAACGCAGCACCUUUAGUGGUGCUGCAGGAGACCUUGAGGUGCUGCUCCAACCAGGCCUCUCUCUUUUGGCAGCACCAUCGGGGCACUGCUGGACAUCAAAAAGGUUUUAAGACUCUGCUUCAACAGCGUCUUUUUCCUUCGUCCAAGCGCGGAAAUGCCGGAGGAGCAAGAAAACCUCUGCACUCGGGCCCUGCUCACCAUGGACACCAUGCUGCAGGUGAUGAUGCUCAACACUCCUGGCGCCAAGCGCAGCGAGAUGAUGCAGGACAUGCUGGAGGUUCUGCUGGAAUACCUGCUGUCUGACAGGGCAGAAGUGCAGGAGAGAGCCAUCGACAGGAUUAAGGCACUCUGCCAUAUGCUGACUGCCACUGCCCCCAAGGAGGAUGAUGAAGAUGAGGAUGAGGAAGAGGCUCCCAGAGCCCAGAUCCAGAUGCCAGUCCUGGGCAAGCUGCUGGGCAAUCUGUUUUUCAUGCUGUUCAAGCCAAAUGAAAGCAUGUCAACGGUGGUGGAGAUUCUCAGCACCCUGAUGGCGUUCCUCUCUGAGCAGAAAAGUGACAAUCCAGAGAGUUAUGUCCAGCCCCCAGAAGAUUGGGAACCUGAGAUCACCUCCUGGGUGAAUGCAUCCAACGCCUGGAAAGUUGAGGCCUUUGGGAGAUACCUUGGGCCGGAUGAGAGGAUGGGAGUCGUCCUUGAGGCCAUCGAGAUUUUGGGACGCUUCGACAUCACGAACAAGGAUGGGCCUGUGGCAUUCCUGGAGGAGGUCAAGAAUACCCCUGAGAUGUGGCUGAUGGAUGCCAAGAAAAUGAAAAGCCUCCUGCCCGAGAUGACGGCUCUGGACACCUUCCACAAUGUUCUGGGGCAGCUGAAGAAGAAAGAGGCCAGCAGCAUGGCUCUGAAGGCCGUGGAGAGGCUCUGGAAACUGUUUGAUGCGAGAGAGGAGUGUCUGCGGGAGCGCUCCAUCUCCCUCUUCAAGGAGCUGCUGGGCAAAACCAUACGGAAGGACAAGGAAGCCAUGAAGAGAAACUCCUGGAAGGUCAUGGUCCAGCUCGUUCUUCACAUCAGUGACGAGGCCCCCAGCGUGGCCAAGGCCUCCAAGGAAGCCGUCGUGGCUAUAGCUGAGCUCUUCAAGUGGAAAGAAUUCAAGGAGCUGGCUCAGAAAGAGGAGAUAUGGAAGAUGAGCGAGUUCCUGCUGGCCAAGGACAGCAGCAGGGCUGAACAAUAUGUGCUGGAGAGCCAGCCCUAUCUGCUGAGCCCUCAGGCCUCGAUGCGAGAGGCCGCCCUCAGAUUCUUAGGGCUGGCUGCACGACGCCUGGCAGGGCGCAAUGAGGCGACCAUGGAUGCGCUUCUCACCGAACUUGGAUUAAUGGAAACACGAGAGAAGGAUCCCUCCAUCGCUGCAUUGGCAGCUCAGACCGGCCUGAUCCUCACCGCUCUGAAGGAUCGGCGCAAAUCGGGAUUGUCCCUGCGUGGGCUGUGCCGCUGGUGCCGUUGAGCAGA